AUGGGGCUGAAGAAAUCACCCAGCUAUAGAGAUUACUGGAGCAGUUUCCCGGAAUUUCGCGACGCGUAUAUAAGCUCAUUGAUGCCUGUAAAACGAUUCAGUUGGCUUCUUUCCAAUAUCCACUUGAAUGAUAAUGCAAUAAUACCAAAAAAGGGUGAAGCUGGUUACGAUAAGCUGUAUAAGCUAAGGCCUUUGCUAACAGCAUUGUCUCAAAAUUUUGAACGUUGCAUGAAUCCAACCAGGGAGGUAAGCAUUCACGAAUCAAUGAUUAAAUACAAGGGUAGGAGUUCUCUGAAGCAAUACCUUCCCAAAAAACCGAUCAAGAGAGGGUAUAAGGUAUGGAUACUGGCGAACAAGAAUGGAUAUUGUCAGAAGUUCCAGAUAUAUACAGGAAAAUCAGAAGAUACAGAAAAAUCUUUAGGUGCAAGAGUAGUAAAAUAUCUCCUCAAUGGCAUGGAAGACAAGCAUCACAUUGUCUACUUCGACAAUUUUUUUAAUAGCGUCCAGCUCUUAGAAGAUCUGAAAGCAAAAAACCUUCACGCUUGUGGCACAGUCAAUCCGAAUAGGAAAUUACUUCCCAAUUUCACAAGUGAUAAAGCUUUAAAACGUGGUGAAUCUCAGAUUCUAACUUCGAACACUAAUUUUGGUAGCUAUAAAAUGGCGUGA